AUGUCCCACGUCCCCCCUUCCCAAGCAAUAUUUUCCCCAUCCGUCGCCCGCGCUGCCGCCUCCACCGCAAAAGACUGGUCCUACAUCGACACUUGGCUGCGCAGCAUUUUCGCCAACUCCUCUUCCUCGUCCAACCGCGCCUCCAGACCUCCCCCCUUCGAGCGCAACCCCGAGACCCUCAAAGCCUUGCUCGCCUUAGCCACCGCGAACGAAGCCGCCGAUGAGCACCGCGAGCAGCUCGCGCGAGUUGAGGAGGCCGCGCUGGAAGAGGUGCGCUCUAUUGAACAGGAGCGGGAGGAACGGCGGGAGAGGAUCGAUGCUCGGAAACAACAGCAAAAACAACAGCAGCAGCAGCAGCAACAGGGAGAAACAGAAGCGGAAGAGGCAGAAGAAGCCCUCGACGGCGACAUCCUAGCCACAGACCUCCUCUCCGCUCUCGAAUCCUCCCUUAGCAAAGAUGGCGCCACAGCCCUCGAAGCCAUGGCAUCUAUGGCCGUCGAACUAGGCGUCGCGUACCCCACCCCCGAAAUCCUCGGGUCCAAGUUCGCCGAGCUGCAGGGCCGAGCAUUCGAGCUAGAAGACGGGAUCGAGCGAGUAGACUUGUUGCGGCGGUACUUAGACCGGGAAUCUGCCCGCGCCGAGACCUUUCUCGCAGAGCUGCAACAGUCUAAUACCGACUCUAGCCUCAAUACUCAUAACGAUAACGACAGCACCAUCAGCGGGAACGGCGGCAGCAGCACCAGCAUAUUCACACUCCCCCCAACUCUCCCGAAGCAAAACCUCUCCCUGCAACGCCUAGUCAAGAGCACAUCCAGCCACCUCCCCGAUCUAACUCACCAAGUCCACUCCCUAGAAAAAACCAUCGGCCUCCCAAGUCUAACCGUCGACGACGUGCGUGCCGACGAAGAAGCAUACCUAGACCUGCUAUCCCGCAAGAAGGAUCUCGACGCGCAGGUCCGCGCCUUCGCCGGCCUACCCCCUGAUAUUGACGCCGCCCGCGCUGAACUAGAAGCUUUACGUGCCGAGCUCCGGAACGCGACGGAGCGGCGUGAUGAGGACUUCGAGAAAUUAGUUGAACGAGAGAGCCCGGUGAAGAGUAGGAGGAGGCCUAGACUAGACUAG